UUCAAAAAUUUAAACUUUUUCCCAUGGCAACCUCAAAGAUUCUCAUACUUGUUUUCUUUGUGAUUUUGGGUUUCGGAAUAUGUUGUUCCGCUAGAACACUCCUUACUGUAGAGGAAACCAACAACGAUGUUGUUGGUGUAGAUCUACACAGAGAUGGUCAUAAACAUGGUGGUGAUGGUGGAGGUGGUGGAAAUGCUGGAGAUUAUGGUAAUGGUGGAAGAGGUGGAGGGGGUGGCAACGGAGGCAGAUUUGGGGAUGGCGGAGAUGGUGGAGGAGGUGGACGUGGUGGGUUUCAUGGAGACGGCGGCACUGGUGGAGGUGGUGGCAAUGGUGGCAUUUAUGGCGACGGUGGAAACGGUGGAGGAGGUGGACAGGGCGGGUUUUUUGGUGAUGGUGGACGCGGCGGAGGAGGUGGAAAUGGUGGGUAUAAUGGAGAUGGUGGGGAUGGUGGACGCGGCGGUGGCGGUGGGUUUAAUGGAAACGGAGGUACCGGUGGAAACGGAGGAAAUGGUGGAUUUGGCGGCGACGGUGGCGACGGCGGAGAUGGUGGAAGCGGAGGAGAUAGUGCAGUAGAGUUUGCAAGAGUUAGUGGAUGGAAGAAGGGGGGAAAUAGAGUAUAUGGUGGUGGUGGCGGUGGUGGCGGAGGAGGCGGUGGUGGUGGAUUAUACCACCCUUGAAGCCACUUUUGAACUUCAAUAUUCAGAAAAUAAUACAUCACUUCUCCUCUCCUCUAAUUAACCUUAAUUAAUAAUAAAUAAUCAUAUAAGAUAUGAUGGGUAUGAGGUCAUGAGGAAUUGAGGAUGUAUAUUUUAAGGUUUUUAAGUUGUGACACUAAUAAUGAUGUAAUGUUUGAUGUUAAAUGUAAUGGUGCGGAAGACAUGACCUAAUGUAAAAUGUUUAAUGCAUGGUCCAUUACCCUUAACUUUGCUAUUUUAUAUAUAUGAACUAAUAAGAAAUUUAAAGAAGAAAUUCAACGAAGCAAA